AUGGAUUUGGGUGGUACCAAUCUACGUGUAAUGUUAAUGGCUAUUACGCCAGGUGAAGAGCUUAAAACGGAGCAAUUCAAUACACGAAUACCAAAUUGGGCUAUGCGUGGUACUGGUGAACAGCUCUUCGAUUACAUAACAAAAUGCUUAGCGGAAUUCCUGAUUGAGAAAGGUGUCCAGAAUGAUGGCCUUCCGGUGGGAUUCACAUUUUCUUAUCCAUGUGACCAGAAAAGUUUACGUUCUGCCACACUACUCAGGUGGACCAAAGGUAUUGAAACAACAGGAGUAGUUGGCAAAGACGUCGUCGAACUUCUUGAACAAUCUAUCGCUAGAAGGGGC